AUGGCAUCUUCGCUUCGAAUUGGGAGCUCCUUGCUCCGCUCGUCAAGACCGCUCGUCCAGAAGUCCGCCUACAACGGUGUUCGCUGCGCAAGCACUAAGACUCUGAAAGAGGUCUUCGCCGCUAAGCUUCCGGAAGAGGUCGAGAAGGUCAAGAAGCUGAGGAAAGACUAUGGCUCCAAGGUCAUUGGCGAGGUUACCCUUGAUCAAGUCUACGGAGGUGCUCGAGGCAUCAAGUCUCUGGUCUGGGAAGGCUCCGUCCUUGACGCAGAAGAGGGUAUCAGAUUCCGUGGGAGAACCAUCCCGGAAUGCCAGGAAGUGCUUCCCAAGGCCCCGGGCGGCGAGGAGCCUCUUCCGGAAGGCCUGUUCUGGCUGCUCUUGACUGGUGAAGUUCCCAGCGAGCAACAGGUCAGAGCUCUGUCGGCCGAUUGGGCUGCUCGAUCAGACCUCCCCAAAUAUGUCGAGGAGCUCAUUGACCGAUGCCCCAGCGACAUGCACCCCAUGGCUCAAUUUUCCAUCGCCGUCGCCGCUCUCGAGCAUACCUCCGAGUUCGCCAAAGCCUACGAGAAGGGUAUCAGCAAGAAGGAUUACUGGACAUACACCUUCGAAGACUCGAUGAACCUGAUUGCCAAGCUGCCCACCAUCGCAGCCAAGAUCUACCGCAAUGCAUACAAGGAUGGCAAGGUCGCACCCGUUCAGAAAGACAAGGACUACUCCUUCAACUUGGCGAACCAGCUAGGGUUUGGCGACAACCACGACUUCGUCGAGCUCAUGCGCCUGUACUUGACGAUUCACUCUGAUCACGAGGGCGGCAACGUGAGCGCCCACACCACCCACUUGGUCGGCAGUGCCCUGAGCUCGCCGAUGUUGUCCCUCGCUGCCGGUCUCAACGGCUUGGCUGGCCCUCUCCACGGGUUGGCCAACCAGGAAGUCUUGCGCUGGCUCACCCAGAUGAAGGAGACUAUUGGCGAUGAUCUUAGUGACAAGGCCAUCACUGACUACCUGUGGGCCACGCUUAACGCUGGUCGGGUUGUUCCCGGCUACGGCCACGCAGUCCUCCGCAAGACCGACCCUCGUUACGUCUCGCAGCGCGAGUUUGCCCUUCGCAAGCUUCCCAACGACCCGAUGUUCAAGCUUGUCAGCCAGGUCUACAAGAUUGCCCCAGGUGUCUUGACCGAGCAUGGCAAGACGAAGAACCCUUACCCCAACGUUGAUGCCCACUCUGGUGUCCUCCUCCAAUACUACGGUUUGACGGAAGCCAACUACUACACUGUCUUGUUCGGUGUCUCCCGCGCUCUCGGUGUCCUGCCUCAACUCAUCAUCGACCGUGGCCUUGGUGCCCCGAUCGAACGACCCAAGUCCUUCAGCACGGAAGCUUACGCCAAAUUGGUUGGAGCUUCAUUGUAA